AUGGCCUUCAUUCUGCAGUACCGGAAUCUGCGUCGCUUUGUCCAGGGCCAGCUCGAGGCAGCCGGCAACCCGAGUGAUAGCAAAGAGGCCGAUCGCUACACUCGGAUCCCCGGCAUUUCGCUGCAGUUGGAUCACGCUGGCCAGGAAUACUUUCAGGUCGACUGGGCGACGCCGAACGAUCCCUUUUGCCCGCAGCAAUGGUCGACCACGCGCCGGGUCCUUGCGACGCUGUCCGUCUGCCUCAUCGCCCUCGUCACGACCAUGGCAUCCGCCAUCGACGCAGCCGUCAUGGUGGAAGCAGCGGCCGAGUUUGGCGUCUCCGAAGUCACCGAGUCGCUGGCCACGGGUCUCUACCUGGUCGGCUUUGGCGUCGGCGCCCUCAUCGCCAGCCCCCUUUCCGAGAUGAUCGGUCGGUAUCCCGUAUAUCUCGGCGCCCUGACGAUAUUCGGGGCUUGGAUUCUCGGUGCAGCACUGGCUCCGAAUAUUGGAGCACAGCUGACCUUUCGCUUCCUGGCUGGCCUCGUGGGUUCUGCGCCGCUGACGGUUGCCGGCGGGUCGAUUUCCGAUGUUUGGAAUACGCUCGAGAAGACGUUUGGUUUUCCUGUCUUUGCUAUUCCGGGAUUCGGGGGGCCGAUCUUGGGCCCCGUCGUCGGCGCGUACAUUGGGUACAGCCCGCACAUCAGCUGGCGAUGGUCCGAGUGGACGAUGCUGAUUUUCGAUGGCCUCGUCAUUGCCAUUGUGUUUCUGGCGAAACGAGAGACCUUUGGGCCACAGCUUCUGUUCUACAAGGCUCGAUUCUUCCGGCAGGAGACCGGCGACCCGCGAUUCAAGACCAAGGACGAGGCAUCUGGAGACGAAGCCAUCUUACCGGUCCUCAAGAAGCACUUUUCGCGGCCGUGGAUUCUCCUCAUGGAGCCGAUUGUGAUAGCGUUUACCUUUUAUCUGACUGUGGUGUACAUUGUGCUCUUCACCUUCUUGGAUGGGUACCCUUUUAUCUUUGGCGAUACGUACGGCAUCAACAAUGGGCUGGUCAAUAUCUGCUUUGUCGGCCUCUUCAUCGGCAUUGUCCUGGCCAUGUUCAUGGUCCCGGUCGUCUACCACAUCACGGAUAACCAGCUCCAGCGAGACGGCGACAACCUGAAGCAGGAAUUGCGGCUCUUGUUUGCCUUUUGCGGCGCUCCCAUCUUACCCAUCGGGUUGUUUUGGAUGGGCUGGACUGCAUACCCAACAAUCCCGAUCUGGUCUCCCCUCGCGGCGACCAUUCUCAUCGGGUUCUCAAUCAUAUCUAUAUUUCUGUCGGCAUACAUGUACACGAUUGACUCGUACGGACAGUACGCGGCGUCGGCGCUCACGUUUAUUGCGCUGGUGCGGUACCUGGCCGCCGGUGGAAUGACAGUCGUCGGAAUUCCCAUGUAUCAUAAUCUCGGGGUACACUGGACCCUGACGGUGCUGGGAAUCAUCAGUACUCUGGCAGUGCCCAUUCCUUAUGGGCUGUACAAGUGGGGGCAUGUGUUGCGGAAGAGGAGCAGGUGGGCGGUUGACCCGGGGUUGUAG